AUGUUUGAUGAUUUUCUUCAACAGCUAUGCAAUGAGGAUGAUAUUUUCCCACUGGGAGAGGAUGUUUUCGAUGGUCUUUUACAACCAAAUAAUGAGUCAAAUCCUCUAGAUGAUGUUUUACUAGGAGUUCUUAAAGAGAUGGAAGAAGGAGAAUUGAGAGAAAUGGUGGCAGACACUCCAUCACACAGUGUCACAAAAGACGCAACUCCAACUGUGCCAUUUGCAUCAGAAAACUGUUCAAAUUCCAGUUUUUCAUUUCCUCAAAGCAACCCAAAUGCAUGGAAUCAGCCAAGUGGAAUGAAUAACACCACAGUUGGAUUUGGUAAUAUGAUGUUCCCUGAUACAGCAGGAAACUCAAUGAAUCAAUUUCAAUCACCAAGCUUCCCAAUGCUUACUUGUGGUAGUAGUAGCAGCAGCAUUCACCAACCAUUUCCAAAGCCCCUUCAGUUCCAAGCGAUUGGAAUCACUAUACGAGGUACGCCUGCAAUGAAGCAUCGAUUUAAUCAGGGACUUGUUUCCCCUCCUCCACCAUCUCUCACCGAUUUUCAUAGCUUCGUGUGUGCAUGGCAGGGAUGUUUGAUUGGAAAAAUCUACUCGAAUCGUGAAUCCCUUAAUGUGGCAAAGGCAGUGAGGAAACCAACAUCACCUGUCACGCUUGCUGCUGAUUGGAGGAGUACCCUGAGGAUCGUCUCCUUCUUACCCACAAAGACUGUGAACUAUACACUGAAGUAA